AUGCGGUGCGCGAACAAGGCCGCUGAGAGCGCGUCUGCACGUCUCUGUGCAGACGCCGAAGCAGAAACCGCUGCAACCGAUGUUUCAUCGGUUGCUGAUGCAUCUCAGCCUGUAUCACCUGGUGAUGCAGGCGCUCGUUAUGAAGACACUCAUGUGUUCACAGAGUAUGAGCUCGGUGUCUCAUACUCUCCUGAUACGGAAGAAGGAUCUGUAUCGAAGGCGAUUGAAUCCAAGCCGCCUGCCAAACGUGGCAUGGAUGAUGCUACUCGUCGUAGCAUCUUCGGUUCAUCUGAAGAAUCAGAUGAACCAUCGCCAAACCGAAGGUGCUAG